UAGGUAGCAAACGUUUUGAAAACGGAUCUUAUUUAUACAAACAAGUAUUGAUACCGAAUGACAAAAUUGGAGCUUACGAUUAUCGGAUAACGCUCUACGGAUCUGUUGAACACGUUCCCAGCUACCCGAGAGGAUGCCUCUGUCAGGUGAAGUCCUGUGUGCUAUUUUGUUGUGAGCCAGACAUGAUGGUCCAAAACUAUGACGUGAAUAUAACUCUUGAUAAUGGUACAGAGGUGCAGGUUCGUGAGGUAAAUGAAUUUGUACUGCAAGCAAAGUUCGAAAUAUCGUGUGACCUACUUGCGAAAAAUAACACUGAUGAAAAGGGUCAAGGUGAUUGGAAGCUUUUUGAGAACGGGACACUGCUCAGUCAGAGCGAUAGGGCCGAAUUACAAAAAAAGGAUUAUUGCCUGAUACCACAAAAGAUUUUAAGAGUAUAUUACGAGCUGCUGCCCACAAGUCUUCAACAAGAAAUACAAACAAAAACAAAUCUUGACCUAGUUAGUGGCAUUAAAGUUGUGUCAGUGUUUUGUAUGGCUAUUACCAUUGCUGUCUAUCUAUACUUGCCGCAAUUUCAUACAAUAUUCAGCAAGUGCUGUCUAUGUUACUUUAUUAGCCUUACUAUCAGCUUCCUGUUACUGUGGGCUGAAUCACUAUAUCGAGACGUAAAGCCUAACCGCAUAGUUUGCUAUAUGAUAGGUUACUGUGGAUAUUACAUUGUUAUGUCCGUAUUCAUGUGGCUCUUAGUUAUCAACUAUAAUUUGUGGAAAACAUUUACAAAUUAUGGUAUUAUGUACAAGACUAGUAUGCAACGAUAUCAUAUCUUUGUCUGGAGUGCUGCAGCGGUAUUGCUUGCGAUCACAGGAUCAGUUGAAUAUAUGUUCCUAGUCAUGGAUUAUGAUAAAGAGUGUUCAUGGCAACCGGGCGUAAGUCUGUAUUACUGCUGGAUCAAUACAUCAGAAAAUUGGUCGGCAAUGAUCUACUAUUAUGGCCCAAUAUUAGUUGUAGUGCUUAUCAACGUAGCGCUCUCUAUAAUGUCAGCAAGGCACAUAUACGUGGAGAGCAAAAGAAACAAAAUAGACUUGAACAGUUCCGAGAUUCAAGAGAAUUUAACAAAUCAAGCAAAAUUCGGCAUGUUUUUCCGGUUGUUUGCUAUUGCCGGCGUAAUCUGGCUGCUUGACAUACUUUCUUAUCUGCUUGAAAUCAAUAUUAGUGGCAUAACAUUUAUUUUUGAUAUAAUUACAUCGGCCCAGGGCAUUUUACUAUUUUUCUUAACAAUCUGGAAAAAGGACGUUUUAAAGUCUCUAUAUGAACGAAUGGAAGCAAAAGGCAAUAAACCAAGUAAACAGAUGCUAACGUCAACCACUCAAGCAUAAUGGAACAAACAUAAUUAUUGAAUUCUUUACUUACUUAGUUUUUUAUUUGAGCUUAAUCAGCCAUUAGUGUUUAAAAUGUAUUUGGAAAUUUAUUGAUCAUAUUUUUGUACAAUACCAAUUUAUUAUAGGCAUGAUCCAAUCGAUUCGGCUGUUGGUCCCGAUCGAAAAUAUAUUUACUUUUUACGGUUUGUCACGCAUUCUUCAGCAUAUCACAUACCUGUGCACAAUGUCAGUAUACAAAUUCACUCGAACACGGUUAUAAAAUAUAUAUAUUUUUUAAAUAUAUUUAAUAUAUAAACUGAAUUGUUGUUCAGUUGUCAUGAA